GACCCCAAAGGGCCAAGAUGGCUGCGCCCUUGACAGACGCCGGGGAGUUUGAAAGCUGGCUAAAUGAUCGGCUAGACUCGUUAGAAGUAGACCGUGAGGUGUACGGGGCGUACAUUUUAGGGAUUCUACAAGAAGAGGAGAGCGACGAGGAGAAAGAAGAUGCGCUUCAAGGAAUUUUAUCCGCAUUUCUGGAUGAGGACACUAUGGAAGAUGUCUGUAAACAGAUCAUCAAGGAGUGGACAGAGUAUUGCAGUCGAUCAGCAGCCAAAAGAAAUGCUGAAGAUGCUGAGGUCCAGGCCAUUGCCAGUAUGAUAGAAAAACAAGCUCAGAUUGUGGUGAAGCAGAAGGAGGUGUCUGCGGAGUCAAAGAAACGGAAAGAGGCCCUUCUUGCCCAGUACGCUAACAUAACAGACGAAGAGGAUGAAGCUGAGGAAGAGGAGCCACAAAGUGGAAACGCCUUUGCUGGAAAUGAAAAAUCUCUGUUCAAGAACACCAAUGUGGAGGAGGUGCUCAACAGACAAAAGCAAAAGCGGGACCAGGCUCGUGAGGAUGCUCAGAAGAAGAAGGAAAGUGACAAGAUGCAGCGGGAGAAGGACAAACUAGCCAAACAAGACAGAAAAGAGAAGGAGAAGAAGCGUACACAGAAAGGUGAACGCAAAAGAUAAAACCAAAUGACAGGACACUUUGUAUGUGAAACGUUUUUCUUACAAGACAAAGUUUAAAAAAAGAACUAUUGUCUUCUACUCUUUUUAGCUAAACCUCCUCGGCACUGUCACUCAUGUUUAUCAGAUCCUCCUUGUUAAUUACAUUAUGUGUCUCAUAAUAUGUGUGAAAAUCAAUGAACUGGAUGUUGUGCAGAAACAAAAUUCAUUAUAUUUAUUUCUGAUUCUGAUUUAAUCAGAUACAGAUCGAUGUUAUCUUGGAAUAAAGCUGCAAAUCUUAAUCUAAAGACAACUGUGAUAGUCUCAUAUUGUUGGUCAACAAAUGUGACACGUGCUGUGGCUAAGUGUUGACCAAGUUACCCCAAAAUUAUACACCUGAAACACAAAUUGGACUGUUCAUGGUAAAAAUGGAGAAAUCCUUGUGAAGCAGCUCAGUCCACAUUUUCUGCUGUUGUCCUUUGUGCCAACACCUUGCAAAUGCCUUCUUUUUUUUUUUCUGCACAACUUCUGCGUCAAGGCCGGUGCUGCUGUCAAACUUCAUUGCUUGCAUUUCAAUGCUUUAGAUUAUAGUUUUACUGUGUAUACAUUUUGUUGGAGACUAAGAAGAAAGGAGCAGUUGGUAAAUUAUACCUCGAAUAUAUCAUGUACCAUCAUCUCAAUGUUUAUAAUGAGGUUCAACAUCUUUUUAAAUGAAUAAAAAAAGCAUUUUUCAGCAA